AUGCAGUUGUUCCGGUACGCGGCCGAGCUGCCGUUGUGCCUACUGCUUUCCUCAUCUCUCCAGUCUCUCGAGCUCCGCAGUAACUCACAACCGCAUCUGUUGUUGCACUCCAUUGUUGAAAGCUCGCCUUACCUGCGGAAUUUGCAUCUACGGCUUCAGUGGACGGCCGCCACAUUCUCACUGCUUCCAAUAACCGGUCUCAUAUAUCUGCGCGACCUCUCAAUAUUUUUAGAUUAUGACAACACGGGUUUCGAUUGUACCAAGUUGCAGGCCAUGGCCGCGCUCAAAGAGCUCGAGACACUUUCCAUUCGAGGCAUGUUCAAAGGAGAGCCCAAAUCCUGUUGUAGCUUUGCCAAGCUGCGAGAACUCCGCAUCGACGUUUCUUUGUUUGGGAGUUGCAGGUCUAUCAAGUCAUAUCUGGGCGCAAUAUCUGCACCACAUCUACGGAAGCUUGCUAUAACCAUCUGUAGUGACCUUCAAGAUGUAGAGGGCGUUCAUGAUUGCAUGACUGCGAUCUAUGGACCGUCUCUGUGCGAGUUCCAGUUCAGUUCCUUUGGCGUCUUUCGGAAUAGCCCUUUCAUUGCACGGAUCCUCGCCCUCUUCGGCCCCUUGCUUCGCAUCCGAAAUGUGGUUCACGUCUGUCUUGAUUGCAAUGUACAACUGUCAUUCUCCGACGACGAUGCAAAGGCCAUGGCAACAGCCUGGCCCGGGCUGAAGAGGUUCCAUGUCGACACUCAAUUCAAAAGCACCGCUACCUUACCAUCUGCCCUGACGUUGGCUCACUUUGCGCGUGGGUGUCCAGUGCUGGAAGAUCUAGAACUCCAAUGCAUGCGUAUGGACAACAUCACUUCCCCGGAGAUGCUCCCCGUACAGAGCCACCCUCUGCGGAUGCUCAGCAUAGAGAACCUUCCUGGGGGGCAUUACAGGAUUUUGCAGGAGCGGUGCAGGUGCUGGACUCCAUGUUCCCCAGUCUAG